GUCGUCCUGACUUUUAUUUUAUAGUCCAGAGAUCCGUCUUGUCUGACAUCUACUGCCAAACCACAGGUGUCUGUUCAAUUGCGCUGGUUGUGCCCUGAUUUCUGAAUUCUCUUUCCGCCGCAUACUCCGCAAUGCCAUCUACUACAAGCCGCGCUGCCUUCGAGGCGGUCUUCCCCUCCCUGGCUGAGGCCAUGCUUGACCAUGCGAGGAAAUACAACCUGCCCCAAAAUGCUCAGGAAUGGUUCAGCAAGGCCAUUCACACCAACGUCCCUGGCGGCAAGCUCAACCGCGGUCUCUCUGUCCCCGACACCGGCGUGGCCCUCCUGCAGAAGGAACUGAGCGAGGAGCAAUACAAGGACCUUGCUACACUUGGGUGGCUGACCGAGCUGCUCCAGGCCUUCUUCCUCGUCAGCGAUGACCUUAUGGAUGGUUCAAUCACCCGUCGCGGCCAGCCCUGCUGGUACCGCCACCAGGGGGUCGGUCUCAUUGCCAUCAACGACGCUUUCCUCCUUGAGUCCGGUAUCUACGUUAUCCUGAAGAAGCAAUUCCGUUCACACCCUGCCUACGUCGACUUUAUUGAGCUGUUCCAUGAGACCACCUGGCAGACGGAAUUGGGCCAGCUGUGUGAUCUGAUCACGGCGCCCGAGGACAAGGUCGAUCUCAACAACUUCUCCAUGGAGAAGUACAUGUUCAUUGUCACCUACAAGACCGCCUACUAUAGCUUCUACCUCCCGGUUGCCCUGGCCCUCCACUACCUUCAGCUUGCUACCCCCGAGAACCUCCGUCAGGCUCACGACAUCCUCAUUCCGCUCGGCCAAUACUUCCAGGUCCAGGAUGACUACCUCGAUGCGUACGGCGACCCCGAGGUCAUUGGCAAGAUCGGAACAGAUAUCCAGGACAACAAGUGCUCUUGGUUAGUGAACCAGGCUCUGCAGCGCUGCAGUGCCGAGCAGCGCAAGGUGCUCGACGCUGCCUAUGGUCGUAAGGACGCUGAGCAAGAGGCCAAGGUCAAGGCUAUUUUCCGGGAAUUGGACCUCGAAUCCGUCUACAAGGAGUACGAGGAGAAGAUCGUGGGUGAGCUGAAGACGAAGAUCGCGGCUGUCAACGAGUCGGAGGGGUUGAAGAAGGAGGUUUUUGAGGCAUUCCUCGGGAAGAUCUACAAGCGCAGUAAAUAAGCGAUAGGCAGCAUAGUAUGCCAUUUUGAGAUACCUCGCAAUAG